GGCUCUUUGUCUUGGAAGCUGAGUUAUUCGGUCAACCGAGGCACGUUUACUUGGCAGGAGGGCCCAUAGAACUCGGUGGGGCUUACUUCUGAGCAGGGUUGCUUGGGAUUGCACUGUAACGACAGGAUUCUUAUAACUAACAGUUUAUUAUUAUUUAUUUCCUCUGUCUGUUGUUUUUGCUUUGAAACCCCAAAAAUGUUCUUUAGGAGUUGCAGCUUUAAAAAACAAAACUUUAAGAAUUGAGUGUGAUUUCUCUUUAAAAUAUGAAUUUUCCCCUAAACUGAUAAUGGAUUAAAUAACUCAUGGACUACAAUCCUGUAUCCAGUUAUCUGAAAUACAUGAAGAAAGGUACAUUGACUUACUGGCAGCGAGAAGAGUUCAGAAUGGUUGCAACCAGCAGCUUAACCAACAAAAACUCUGCAUGUAUCUCCAAAAUGAUACAGCAACGUUUUCAACAAGCUGCUGUAACUGACUUUGACUAUUGGGAUUAUGUAGUGCCUGAACCCAACUUUAAUGAGAUGGUGUUUGAGGAACGGACAUGUCAGAGUUUAGCUCGAAUGCUGGAGACGUGCCUGUCUAAAUCAAAACAGACAAGACUGCAUUGCUCAAGAGUUCUGGUCCCAGAGAAACUAACCAGGAGGAUAGCACAAGAUAUCUUGCGUCUCUCUUCUACUGAGCCUUGUGGCUUAAGGGGUUGUGUUAUUCAUGUCAACUUGGAAACUGGAAAUGUAUGUAAAAGGUUGGAUAAGAUUGUCUACGACCCCACUGUCGUUUCUACUUUUGAACUGACGCUGGUGUUCAAGCAAGACAGUUGUUCAUGGCCUAGUUUUAGGGAUUUCUUUUCCAGAGCUUGCUUUGCCUCUGGUGGCAAGCAUACCCUGAUCCUGAGUCCUGGAUUUCGGCUAAUUAAGAAAAAAAUAUACUCGUUUGGGACAGUUGUUGAAGAAUGUUAAAAUGUCUGGUUUUUAUGUACAGAUACCCAAAACGGUGUUAGGAACUGAGCCUAAAGUCCUUACAAAUAUGAAUUAAUUUUUUAAGUUAGCACUGACUUUUUGCACAACAUCCAUUCAUCUCCCUAGCCCAGCAAAAUCUCAUUGCUGCUAGCUGGUUCUAGGAGAGAUGGAGGAGCACCACUACAGGUACUUGAAACAUUCCUUGAUUAGCAUCAGCUCAACAAGCCCAUUCAAUGCUUGCUAGCUGUAGUCCAAAAUGUUACCUAGAAUGUUACCUUGUUGUUUGGCAUUCUUGCAUUUUUUUAAAUGUGAUGUUAUCUAGAUUUGGCUUCUUCUAAUCUUUAAGAAGAACAAGAGAAGGAUGGCAAACAACAAAAGUAUUAUUUUGUCUACUUUUGCCAAAGUUGGAUUGCCCAGUGGCCAUGCUGGCUGGAAAUUGCAGUCCAACGCAUCUAAAGGGCACUGGAUUGCGAUUGUCUGGCAUAGCUCUUAUGUAGAAUGCAGGUGCUCUACACAGUGAUCAAGUUCUCUUUCAGAUGAAGGAUUUUCUAGAAACUCCUGUGUUCAACAAGUCGUGGACAACAGCACUACACUUUAACUGCAUGAGCUUCUUUAGCUUCUGGAAAUGUAUUGAAAUCUACAGAAUGUUCGACAUGGUUUUGGACAUUCAGUGUUGAGUUAUUGUGUAUUCAAUUUAGUGGAACAAAUAUUUGUUGUAUUCACAGAAAUGCCUGACCUGCCCGAAGUCCACUUUGGAAAAUAAGGAUGUUGCUCUGUUAUAGGCUAGCCUGUAAUUUUGACCGAAUGAACAAUACGCAGUUGCUUUUCUUGGACUUCUUCAGUGCCAGUGGUCUCAAAAUGAUUGGAGGGGUGAUGUGACUGCCUGGAAACCACAGAUCCAGUUAACUUGAUGCAGUCCUGUGAAUGAUGCAGGACAUUUUGGAUGCUCAGAAAUGAUUUGGAGGUGACUUUUGAUAAAAUGACUCCCAGAAAGAAAAUCAGUCACAUUCUCACUGUUCUGCUGCAUCUUCCUGUGUCUUGGUUGAGUGAUAGAAAAUCUUAACAGUCAAAGGGCAGGAAAAGUCAACUGAAAAUGCAAAUCUUUGAGGUUUUUUGGUCUAUCCAUCCAUCUGCACUGCAGACAUGUCUGUAGGAUAUGCAAUAUUUUCCAUAAUCCAAGGAACAAGUUUCUGUGUGGUUUUGGCACCAUUUUCCCCCUAUCUUUUAAAGAAAACUUCCAUGUGUCCCCCACUUCAGCAGGAUUAAAAGAAAGUUUUGGUAAUACACCCUAUGAAGGUCUUCUCCUUCAAAAUAUGAAUGGAAUUCCCCUUUUCCCCUUCCAUUUUGUGGCCCACUGUUGCAUUUUCAACAAUUUAUAAAAGAUAGGCUGGCAUAAAACCCCGAGUAAGUGGAGAAGGGUAGCCAGUGUCCCAACAAGGUGGUGAUUGUCUUUUUAAAAUGCCUCUUGGCUCUAGCAUCCUACACUUGACAUCACUGAGUUCUAAUGUGUUGGUUCGGUGCAGGUGAGUAAUGAUAGCAAAGGUCUCUUCCGAAAGAACAGAAGUUAUAAUAAACAUUCUUCCUCUAGAAGAUCAUCUUAUAGGGGACCAGAGUAGAGGAAAAUGACACAGAAGACCCUGCUGUAAUAAGAACUACAUUGCUUUAUGUCAAAGGCUUGGUGUUUCAUCCAUAUGCAACUUGCCCCAUAUAAAAUUAAAAUAUGGGGUGGGGUGGGAAGUGGAACUCCUUGAAGCUUCUGCAGGUGACACUCCUGAUUUCCUUCAGAUUUCUAUAUUGGAGAUCAACUGAUAAGUACAUGGCAUAUACAUUGGAGCUGUUGAUUUUAUUAUACCUGCAUGGGUUACUCUAAUAUAUAUGGGACAAGAAAAAUAACAACACCAUGCAAAACGAAUGGAGGAUAUCACAUAGAGGUGGGUGUCUACAUUGUUUAUUAAUUGCACAUGCCUGACUCUGAACACAAAUUGGCAAGCUGCUUUGUUGCUAUAGGACUGUUGUAAACAGGUGCACUUACUGGUUGUAUUCAACCUAAUGCUUUUAAACUGCAGAUCUUCGCUGGUAAGCUCUGUAGGGGGUGUUGGUGAAGUUAGAUUUGCACUGAUAAGACUCCUUUACUGUUUUGAAGUUCUGAAAUGUUGCUUCUUGUAUUAUCUUGUUACGAUCUUAGCACUGAUCUUAAAAUGUGAUUCCUAUGUCUGCCUAUAAAUACAGAUAUACUU